AUGGAAGAACAGCCGAGUCGUGUGAGGGGGGAGGAGGAGGCGGCAGCAGCAGCAGCAGCACCGCCUGCUCAGGAGCAGCAGCCUCGCGAAGGCCGAGAUGUGGCAGGUCCGUCUCGUGAGAGCCGAGACACGGCCGCCGUGCCACAGGGGGAGGCCCAGCCGCCGCAAAUGGUUGCCGAGGCAGGCGCAGCAGCCAUCGCCGCUGACGACGACGAUACGACGACGACGAGCAUGUCAUCGUUGACCUCGGCAGAUGGGGCAGGGGCAUCCUCGUCCACUGGCCACGAUAUGCCGGAGUUGGAGUCUGUAGCGUCUCACCCAGCUGGAGACUUCGUUCCAGGCACCAGUGGGCUGGAGCCGAGGACCCGGCCAGCUGAAACUUCUGCAGAAGGGCGAGAGAGACCUUCAGGGUCUCGGGUGUCUGCAGAGGGCCAGGUGGAGGGCAGAACCACGGAGGGUGACCGGGGGCGGCCCGUCCCAGAGGGGCCGGCGCCACUGGAGAAGAGACAGCCGCAGCAGUCGGAGGGAGAGAAACAGCAGCCUCAGCCAGGAGGCUCCAGGAAGAGGGGGCGCGCUGGGGAGAGGCGUGUCAAGGGCGCGACCAAGAGGCGCGGCCGCAGGAAGGGGCGGAAGGCGGCGCAGGGCGAGGAGGAGUCGACGUCGGCGUCGCUCUCCACCACGGAGGGUAGCGCCAGCGCCAGCGACGACGGCGGCGAGAUGGAGGAAGAGAUGGAGGGGGAGGCGGAAGAAGAGGGCGGCAGCGCCAGCGUGAGCGCGAGCGGCUGCGAGCAGCAGAACGGCGUGCCCAGCUCCGGCUCCCAGACGCACGGCGACACCAGCUCCUCGUCCACUCAGUCUAGCGCGUACAGGGCCCGCCUGGCGUGGCUGCACGCCGCCGAGCGGGGGUCUGCCGACAGGUGGGUGCACGGACUGAAGGGGAGCAACAUACACAAGAGCAGAGUGAGCGACAAGCAUCAGAGGGGCCAGCACAGCAAGAGCAAGCUGAAAUGGCAGGCGAAGGACAGCAAGAGCAAGCUGAAAUGGCAGGCGAAGGACAGCAAGAGCAAGCUGAAAUGGCAGGCAAAGGACAGCAAGAGCAAGCUGAAAUGGCAGGCAAAGGACAGCAAGAGCAAGCUGAAAUGGCAGGCGAAGGACAGCAAGAGCAAGCUGAAAUGGCAGGCGAAGGACAGCAAGAGCAAGCUGAAAUGGCAGGCGAAGGACAGCAAGCGGUCGCAGCCCCAGUCACAGCAGAGAUGGGCUCCGCGACCCCCGGCGAGCAGCAGCAGGAACAAGGGGCAGAGGCUGUGGCACAACCGAUGGAGGAGGAGGAAGAAGAAGCAGCAGCAGUUGCGGCGGCAGCAGCAGCAGCACGGGGUAGCGCAGAACCGAUGGAACAGGAAGUAG